UCUUGAUGUUUGAUUUGCGUUAUGUCUGGACAACAGAUGAAGAUUUGGGACCCAAAAACGCUAAGUGCACAUCUCGCCGCCCGCGGAGUGAGUCCAAGGGGUGUACAAAGUGUCAGAGACAAUGGUAUUACUGGUGAAAUGCUUUUGGACUUUUGUGAAGAAGACAUUCAUGAUGCGUUUUCUGUCUUCAAGGACCGAUUCAUAGUUAGAAAAACUAUACGUGAAUUCAAAUCGUUUACAAAACCGACGGGAAUGCAUAAUUCUCAGAUCUUGCAAGCGAAUGCUUUAAGUCUUGGACAAGCAAACAACACUGCAAGGCCCGUUGUUAGUAAGACUUUCACAGCAAGCUCACCACAACCAAAGUCACCUGCACAUACUUAUCAAGCGCCUGCUAACGUCAGCCAUCCAAGAACAUACUCCACGUUCCAGGCUCCUUAUUCUCAACACAAUUUACAGCACAAUCAGCCAAAGAAAGAAACAUUUCAGUUGACUAGACCAUCCGAAGUUAAGUUGGAAAAUGUGUCCAAACCCGGAUGUUCCAGUGCCAGCAGUGGUUCUUCAUUUUCUUCACAUUCGGAUGUCCAUUCCUUCCCUAAACCAGUCAGAAGUCCUCUUAUGCACCACGUGGUAUCCAGUUCUGUAGAAGAACGUGUGCCUAGACCCGACACUGUUAUAAUUCCCACAGGGGAACCAAUCACAAACAUUUCACAAAAUCAAGUUGUUCGAUCUCUUAAUAUUAUAACAGCGGAAGAAAAACAAAGGAUAAAAAGGUAUAGUGCAGAAGCUCUCCUGGAGAGAAAGUCUAUUCGCAGCAAACCAAACGAAGCCCAGCAUUUGGGAUCUCUUGCAAUUCGUAACGCUGCUCAGGUUGCUCAAAUAUGGGACAAUCCACCUGUUUUGAGAGAGAUUCCCAACGAAAAGAGAGAAACAUUCGUGAAUUCUUUGUUAGCCUUCGCUCCUCAAUUAGCAGACACAAUAGACAUGGUCUGGGUAAGACUGAGAGAAGCUCUGCAGAAUAGACGGAAGUAUUUGUCAGACAAAGAAACAGGGAAAAGACAAACAAAAGCAUAUAGAUCUAAUCCAUAUGAGAAGAGGAAGUCCAAUAGUCCUAUAUUGUUGAAAGUGACGGAGGCAGGGUCAUUGAUAGACCUUACAGAAACUAAGUAAAUCCCUUAAUAUUAAGUCUUUUCAGUUUUCAUAUUGCUGUUGUAUUUUAAAAUACUCUCUCAGAUAUUCAACAUGUCAUAUCCAGUAUUCAUGAACAAUCAAUUUUUGAUUGGUAUAAAUUGUAUCGGCCUAUUGGACAUCAUGGUGUAAUUUGCCUAAGGUAUAACACAGAAGUACAAAAAAUUGUGAUUUAGAACAGUUUAUUUACAAAUUAUAAUAAAUACUUUGUACAAAAUUUCUAUUGUCUACGAAGUAAAAUACAAGUGCA